CCAACUGGUUUCUCACUCUUUUGCACCGCUCCCAGCCCAGCCCAUUCCCUUCCUCGGUUCCACCACCACCGCCACACUGAUCACGCAUUCACGCUCCACCACGAGCAACACACCCAUGGCGCGCACCGGCGCAGCUGCUGCCCUCUUCCUGCUGGUCUGCUGCCUCCUCGUGGGCUCCGUCCCGGCGCGCCGCCCCGUUGAGCUUCCGACGCAAGUAGUGCCCGCUGCCGUCGACCGUGUGGCCACCGCCGAGCCGCUCCUGGCAGCUGCCGAGGCGGCCAGCCCGACCAAAGUCUACUCCGUAACAGAGGAGGAGGAGGUGGUGGUUGACCCAGCCCGCCAGCUCCCCCAGAUCUUCCGGUGCGGCGGCGUCGACAUGGCCGUCUCCGAGGAAUCGCUGUCCUUCGGCGGCCUGGGCCAUCCAGCGUUGAAGGGCGAGGUGAUGGUGCACGGGCCUGAACAGGAGCGGCCCGGCGAGGACUCUUUCUCGGACACCGACAGCGACUCGGAUUCAGACGAAGAGGACAAUGAGAGCGGGAUCAUGGCGUGGUUAUGGAGGCUGGCGCGUCGGUUCUGAUCGAUCAAUCUUGGCCGCCCAUUGUGCUGUGAUGUACUACUAGUAGUUCUGUACUUACUUGUCUACUCUUUGGGGAGUUUAGCGUUCUGUACAUAAUAAUGAAUAAAUGGCAAUCCAGUGUUGUUGUACAACUCA